AUGAACAAAACUCACCCCCAGAGAAAUGGUGAUGUAGCUACUUUUGAUUCAACAAAGUCCUUCUCUGAAGAAAGAGGCUGCUGCCAGCCACGCAGCGCCCACGUGGGCUGCACGCGGAGAUGUGCCUGCAUCUCUGCCACGGCACUGCUCGUCCUCGCUGCCGCCGUGGGCUUGGCGGUGGCACUGGGACUCCUGCUACAUGCGCCAGCGAACCGCUUCUGUGCAGCUUCCAAUAACCACACAGGCUUCUUGUGCGAUGACAGAGCGACCUGCAUCCUGGCCAGCCAGGUCUGUGACAGAGUCAGCAACUGCAGGAAUGGAGAGGAUGAGCAGGAGGAACUCUGUAGUGACUUGCCUCACAGCCUCCCAGGAUACCUGGUUUUCCACUGCAGUAACCCCGCAUACUGGGUCUAUGCUGAUCAGAGGUGUAACAGGAUGAACGACUGUGGAGACUGCUCUGAUGAGAUGGGGAGCUUGGCCGCCUGCCCCCCAUGUGGGUCGGAGUGGUGGAGCUGCAGCCCUGUGCUCUACGAGUACUGCUCCUGCGUCCCCAGGAGGCUGUGCCGGGACGGCGUCCAGCACUGCCUCAGCUGGUCCGAUGAGUAUGUCUGCAGACCAUGA